GCCGAAGCCCAAAGCCGCACAGAUAAAGAAAUGGGGAAAGAAGGGGAGAAAUCCAGGCCGUCCAUUAUACUCUCUGCGAGAAGUAUGUUCAUGCACGCUGAUGUCGCCGACUGCUGGCUAAUGGGCCUCGGCUUUAUCGGGGCAGUCGGCGAUGGACUUUCUGGGCCGGUCAUGCUCACCCUAAUGAGCAAAUUUGUUAACGCUUUCGGCGCCGGCCCUCACUCGCCGGGGUUCGAGCACGCCGUUAACCGGAAUUCACUUCUCUUUGUCUAUCUUGCCGCUGCCAGCUUUGCCUUCGCCUUUCUUGAGGGGUAUUGUUGGACGAGGACGGGAGAAAGGCAGGCAACGAGGAUGCGUGGUAGGUAUUUGAAGGCAGUGCUAAGGCAGGACGUUGGUUAUUUUGAUAUGAAAGCUAUGCCAACGAUCGAAGUGAUCAACUGCGUCUCUAGCGACUGUGUUGUCAUCCAAAAUGUUCUUAGUGAGAAGGUACCAAAUUUCAUAAUGAACAUCGCCACAUUUAUCGGCAGCUACAUCGCCGGCUUCGUCCUACUGUGGCGAGUAGCCUUAAUCGCCUUCCCCUCCGUACUCCUCCUUAUCAUCCCUGGCUUAAUAUACGGCCGCGUCUUACUAACGCUUUCCCGGCGGAUCCAAAUCCAGUACAACAAAGCCGGGCAAAUCGCCGAACAAGCCAUCUCCUCCAUCCGAACCGUCUAUUCUUCUGUUUCCGAAAGUCCGACCAUCACCUCCUUCUCCUCCGCUCUAAACUCCUCCGUUCGCCUUGGCCUCCAACAGGGCCUCGCCAAAGGUCUCGCCUUUGGAAGCAAUGGCAUAACUUUUUCCAUCUGGGCUUUCAUGUCUUGGUACAGCAGCCGGCUCGUUAUCCUCCAUAAGACUACAGGCGGAACCGUCUUCGCCGUCGGCAGUUGCAUCCUUGCCGGCGGACUAUCCCUCGGCGUAGGACUCUCGAAUGUUAAGUACUUGGGAGAGGGGAUGGCGGCGGCGGAGCGUAUUAAGGAGGUUAUUGAAAGGAAGCCGGCGAUAGAUUCGGAAAGCCAGGAGGGGGAGGAGGUGAGGGAAGUGAGAGGGGAAGUGGAGUUCAAGGAAGUGAGAUUCGGGUAUCCGGCGAGGCCCGAGAUUGAGGUUUUUAGAGGGUUUAGUUUGAGGGUGGAGGCGGGGAAGACGGUGGCUUUGGUGGGGGGAAGCGGGUCGGGGAAAUCGACGGCCGUGGUUUUGUUGCAGAGGUUUUAUGAUCCAAUGAGCGGCGUGAUUGAGGUGGAUGGAGUCGAUAUAAGGAGAUUGAAUUUGAAAUGGUUGAGAGGGAAAAUGGGAUUGGUGAGUCAGGAGCCAUUGUUGUUCGAUAUGAGCAUUAAGGAGAAUGUGCUGUUUGGGAAGGAGGAUGGGACUAUGGAGGAAGUGGUGGAGGCGGCUAAGAAGGCUAAUGCGCAUGCCUUUAUUUCGCAAUUACCUAUGGGCUAUGAUACGCAGGUAGGUGAGAGAGGAGUUCAAAUGUCUGGCGGACAAAAGCAACGCAUUGCCAUUGCGCGUGCACUCAUUCGAGAGCCGAAGAUCCUUCUCCUUGACGAAGCCACCAGCGCUCUCGACUCCGAGUCCGAGCGAAUCGUUCAAGAAGCCCUCGACGCCGCCGCCGUUGGCCGGACCACUAUAGUUAUUGCCCAUCGCCUCUCCACUAUUCGCAACGCCCAUUCUAUCGCCUAUGUCCAUUCCGGCCAAGUAAUCGAAUCCGGAUCUCAUCAGGAACUCAUCGCGAACCCUAACAGCCAUUAUUCUAAUCUCAUUCGCGUACAACAAUCACAGCCGGUGGAGGAGCACGAUUCCAUGGGCAGCAGCCGCAGCAUGAGCCGUCGGUUCUCUGUAUCGAGCUCGACCAAAUCGAUCGGCGAGAUCGAAGAAUGGAAUCAAGGGAAUGGUAAGCAGGGACAGGGGACCUCCCGGGCGGUUCCAUCUUUACGUCGAUUGUUGAUGAUGAACGCGCCGGAAUGGCGACAGGCUUUGCUCGGCUGCUCGGCGGCCAUUCUAUUUGGUGCGGUUCAGCCAGCUUAUUCAUACGCUCUGAGCGGAAUGAUAAUGAUUUACUUCAUUGAGGACCACGAGGAGAUGAAAGAUAAGAUCAGGACCUAUGCUCUUGUAUUUGUGGGAUUGUCUAUCUUCUCCUUCGCGGUUAAUGUGAUCCAGCAUUACAAUUUGGGAGUUAUGGGGGAGUGUUUGACGAGAAGAGUGAGGGAAAGAAUGUUUUCAAAGAUUCUGACUUUUGAGGUGGGCUGGUUUGAUGAAGAGGAUAAUUCUACUGGCGCUAUUUGCUCGCGAUUGGCCAAGGAUGCCAGUGUGGUGCGAUCGCUGGUGGGAGAUCGAAUCUCGCUUAUAAUCCAGGCAUUAUCGGCCGUAACAGUAGCCUUCACGCUAGGCCUCGUAAUCGCCUGGCGCUUCGCCCUCCUCAUGAUCGCCACGCAACCGCUCAUCAUCGCCUGCUUCUACGCCCGGCGCGUCCUCCUGCAAAACAUCUCCAACAAAUCCAUCAAAUUCCAAUCCGAUAGCAGCAAACUCGCCGCCGAAGCAAUUGGCAAUCUCCGCACCAUCACUUCUUUCUCCUCCCAAUCUCGAAUCCUCCACCUCUUCCAUGUCGCCCAAUCCGACACUCGCCAACAAUCUCUCCGCCAGUCCUAUCUCGCCGGCCUAGGCCUCGCAAUCUCCCAAGCCCUCGUUAUCUGCACAUGGGCCCUCGAUUUCUGGUACGGCGGCCUCCUCGUCCGCCGAGCGAUUAUUUCCUCCAAAGCGCUCAUUCAAACCUUUGUGAUCUUGGUCAGCACCGGCCGCGUCAUAGCAGAUGCCGGCAGCACCACCACAGAUAUAGCCAAAGGCGCCGAUUCCGUCGCGUCCGUUUUCUCAAUCCUCGACCGGUUCUCAGCCAUCGAGCCGGAUGAUCCCGAAGCCUACCAAGCCGGAUCUUUGACCGGAUCCAUCGAAUUUCGCGGCGUCGAAUUCGUUUACCCGGCUCGACCCGACGUGCCCAUUCUCCAAGGUUUCUCUCUAUCCAUCAAGCCCGGGAAAUCAACCGCGCUGGUCGGCCCGAGCGGGUCCGGCAAAUCAACCAUCAUAUCGCUUAUUGAGCGAUUCUAUGACCCGAUAGCCGGGCUCAUACGGAUAGACGGGCGAGACAUCCGGACUUACAAUCUCCGCGAGCUGCGUCGGCAGAUGGCGUUGGUGGGACAAGAGCCGACCUUAUUCGCCGGCACGGUGCUGGAGAAUAUAACAUACGGGCUUGACGAAGCGGUGGCGAGCGAAGCGGAGGCGGCGGCGAGAGCGGCGAACGCGCAUGAUUUUAUAAGCGGGCUGAAGGAUGGGUACGACACGUGGUGCGGUGAGAGAGGGGUUCAGUUGUCCGGCGGGCAGAAGCAGAGAAUAGCGAUAGCGAGGGCGAUAUUGAGGAAUCCGAAGAUAUUGUUGCUGGACGAGGCGACGAGCGCGCUGGACGGCCAGUCGGAGAAAGUGGUGCAGGAGGCGCUGGAGAGAGUUAUGGUCGGGAGGACGAGUGUGGUGGUGGCGCAUAGGUUGAGUACGGUCAGGAAUUGUGAUUUGAUUGCGGUGAUGGAUAAGGGGAGGUUGGUGGAGAAAGGAAGCCAUGCGGCGCUAAUGGGCAAGGGGGCUACGGGAACGUAUUAUGGAUUGGUUAGUCUGCAGCAAGGAAAGGAGAGCGGGAAGAUGUAGAAGAAAGAACUACAGUAAUUAGUGGCAUGAAUUUAUUUCUCUGUAUAAAAAUAUAUAUGUAUGGAGUAAUCGCGCCUGUAAUAUGUAGAUUUUUGUAUCUUUAAUACCUCAAAUGUAUUGGUCGUUUCUUCUUGGGAUCA